AUUAAACCGCUUACCUUUUCCAACAGCAACAACAAAAAUAAAAAUAAAAACGAAAAAGAAAAAGAGUCGAAAUCUAAGAGCAACGUUUGCAAUGGCGGCCAUGGAGUCGCUGGUGAACGGAGAGAGGGCGGUGGUCGUCAUCUUCGUGGCCGGCGUCGUGUUUUCCCUUCCUUCGUCUCUCCUCUGCCACGGCCUUGCCCUCUCUCUCCUCGCGCUCUCCGCCCUAUCACUCGACGUCCUGGCUGAUUCUUCCAAUUCCUUUUCCUUCUUCAAGACCAGGCCUGGUGCUUCCUCAGGAAUACUGUUAGGGGCUGUUACCUUGCCAGCUCUUAUGCUGUGUAAGUUGACACAGAUGUUGAGGGCCAUAGCUAUGAAAGAAGUCGAAAUUGAAGAGUUCGAACACCUAACGAUGCAGUACUGGGCUACUUCUGCUUGUUGCUUGAGCGUGCUUGUACUUCUUUGCAUGGUUACAUGGUGUGAACCUGGCAAUAUGCGUUCCCUUAGUCUGCGUAGUACUUGGCAUUCAAAAUUUAGCUUAAGUUGCAUAGUAUUGUAUACGGUACUGUGCUGUGCAUCUCUUCAUACAUUAUCUCUUUCUGGGUUUAAUACGGUACUUAAGUUAAUGUGGAUGAUUUUUCAUGGAUUGGCAGCUGUGAGAUUAAUACAGCAUCUGCUUAAUACUUUUCCAUCCAGUGCUUCAAUUGGGGAAGCACUUUUGUUGACAUCAGGUCUUGUUCUCUAUUUAAGCGACAUGUUGGCAUUUACCAUAGCAAAGGCAUGUAGGUUGUUGAUUACAGCAGAAGUGGUGCGUUAUGGAAGUAAAAGGAGUGAGAUUGGUAUUAUUAUUCAGGGGAUGCUCCUUGGCCUUCUUCUUUUCCCAGCGGUGUUUAAAUUUGUACAUCAAAUAUGGGAAUGGUUUUCAAGUAAACGAUAUUCUGAAUCAAGGACCAACAAUGAGAUUUGGAAGUCCCUUAUAUUCUUCUCUUCCCUUGGAUUUGUUAUGAUUCUGAUCAUUCCAUCAUGGAUGCAGUUUAUUCUGGAUUUUCAUAUGCAUCCAUUGCUCUGGGGAUUUUCUUUUGUCUUUUCAGAACCUCUAAAAAGACUAUCCUUGUGUAUCUACUGGGUGAUUGUGAUUUGUGCAUCUAUUUUGAAAUUCUAUAAUAUCUCAAAAAAUAGCAAGAUUGAGAGGAUUCUUCUCCGAAAGUACUACCAUCUCAUGGCUGUUUCAAUGUUUCUUCCUGCUCUCAUCUUCCAGCCAAAGUUUCUUGAUCUAGCCUUUGGUGCAGCUUUGGGAGUUUUCAUGGUAUUGGAAAUUGUUCGAGUAUGGAGAAUUUGGCCUUUGGGACAACCUGUACAUCAGUUUAUGAAUGCCUUCACUGACCACCGUGACUCUGAUAUUCUAAUUGUCAGCCACUUUUCUCUUCUAUUGGGAUGUGCACUUCCCAUUUGGAUGUCCUCUGGCUACAGUGAUCGUCCCCUUGCCCCUUUUGCUGGAAUUUUAAGUCUCGGGAUUGGAGAUACAAUGGCAUCGAUGGUCGGAUACAAGUAUGGUGUCCUCAGGUGGAGCAAAACAGGCAAGAAAACCAUUGAAGGAACUGCAGCUGGGAUUACAUCUGUUCUGGCCACGUGCUCAGUUCUGCUUCCCGUUUUAGCAUCAACGGGGUAUAUUGUUACAGAGCAUUGGUCCUCUCUCGUCGUUGCCGUGAUUGUUAGUGGUUUGCUGGAGGCCUACACAACGCAACUUGAUAAUGCCUUCAUACCACUUGUUUUUUAUAGCCUUCUUUGUUUGUAAAUGGUUCUUCAACGUUUCAAGCAGGUACAGAAAUGGUCAAUAACGAGCUAGAGUGGAGAAAUACUUGCAUGAUUUGAAAUUCAUGCGCUUUCUUUUGGGCAGGUUUGUAUAUAAAUAGACAUGUCUAACUGUAACAAGUGGCGAAUACUAGCAAGUAACAUGUUGUAUGUUAUUUUCUUCAUUGGUUAAGAUGCGUCCUUGAUCAGGUGUAGAAUAAACAAAAAUUUCUCUGUAAUCUUUUACUAUACACAGGAGGUUUGAACCUCCGAAAUAGUGCAAUUUUUUGGUGAGAGAAAUGAGAAUAAAAUUAAUGUGACAGUCGGAUAGAGACCAAA